UUGAAUGUUGCUCAAAAUAUGAAUAGAGUACACGCGGUUGUAUUAUUCUUAUCAUCAUUUAGUACGAUAAUAUGUGCGACCGAAUGCAUCAAUAAUGGGGAGAAUGAGAGAGUGGUAAGAGGAAUUGCUGGCGUUAAGAGGUAUUUGGUAUUUCCACAGGGUAGUAAUGUCCAAUUGGUUUAUUGUUUGACUGUCGGCACUUACGCGAAGCCCAAGGGCUUCUUUACGAUGGGAAUCACCGCUGGUCUGGCUUACGAACUACCACAUACGAAUACAGUUCCUCAUAGAAGGCCAGCGGAAGUCUACCAUCGAAGAAGCAGACGCCAGUUGUACAAAAAACUGGAGCUGAUGUUGAAUACACGUGGUAAGGACGGAAGAGCCUGUGUAUUGAAAGCACUGUGUCUAUCCGGACAGCGUAACAACACUCAAGUUGGCAAAGCUAGUUUCAUGGAAGAGAUGUUGCAUUCUGUGUUCACCAAUCGGACAGUUAUCAGAGAUUUAAAGGAGUCUGAGAGGAUGUUGAGUCGAUCGAGGAGAUAUCUCUCUUUUCCCAAGAGUAGUUCGUUUGUUGUUACCCUAACAGGAUUGAAAUCAAUCCAAUUGAGGGAACCAACAAAUUGGAACCUUGAUCUCGAGUUCGACAUGAUCUGGCCGAUUCCAAGCGAGACUGUAAAAAAAAAAUUCAACAGACCGAUGAAAAAAUAUACUCGCCUACACCGUCACAAAAGGGAUCUCUACUCCAAUAUUGAACUAUCACUGAAUAGACUGGGCUUACCGGGGAGGGAGUGCAUGUUGAGGACAAUCUGUGAAGCCAGAGGAUUCCUCCACCCACCUGGUGUCUCGUUCGUUGAUGAUUUACUGCGAGUAAUUUUGAGAGUUUUUGGUGACUUCAGGAUCAUUCCGGGGGGAUUGGAAGUUAUGGAGUGGAACCACUGGGGAUUGACACUGUGUAUUUUAUUUAGUGCGCUGGCUACUGUGUCUCUAUCGGAUAAUGAGGGGAAGAAGUUGUCGAGGAGGAGACGCUAUGUCGUUUUUCCGGAAGGUUCGAGCUUUUCCAUAGCCCUUUGUAUGACUAUCCACACACUGACCCCCGAUAAUAUUUUCACGGAGGGUCUCAAUUGGGGUAUCUCCUAUGACUUACCCAAUGAGAGUAAACCAGCACUCGAGCCAUUUCUUCAAUUACGUAAGGACCGGCCAAUUCUCUCUAAGUACCACUACAAACUAAACAAGGACCAUAUCAGAAAUGAGAAUUCACUCAAGUACAACCAUUGGCACAAGAACACUGAUAAUCGAUUCCACAAUCUCGAUGACCGUAAAAAGUAUUACUAUCGGAAAUCGGAUUACGACUACAUUAAACGGAGGCAUCGGAGGGAGCUCUAUAACAAGUUGGAAGUGAUCAUGGACGCGAUGGGCUUUCAAGGACGAGCAUGUAUUCAGCGUGCGCUCUGUGAAGCUUCGCAGCGUCUGAUGGGAAAAGGAAACAGUCUCAUCGAGGAAAUGAUGAGGAUAACUUUCUCGUUACCAUUGAAGAGGGUGUUGCUGUCCCACGAGCCAGUCGAACAUCACAUAUACACAGAGGCUCAUCGUGCUGGCCACAAGGGCACCGGGUGCGAUACCGUGUUCUCGGGAUGUCCCUUCUCACUCAUAGACAUGGCCCUUGGGAAGUACAGCGGUGAGACUGGAUCUCAGCCUGACCUGUCCGAACCAGUGGAGGAUAUCUCUGGGAAUUCGGUGAUGAGAUAUGUUAUGAAGUGAAGUACAAGUUUAUUUACAUCAGUGUCACUAUAUUAAUCACUACGUUAAGUUAUGAUUGAGCAGUUGCUCAAGUUGAUAAAUUAUUUUUCAAAGGGAGCUAUACUGGGAAAUUUGCUGAUCAGAGUAUAAAGUUGUUAGCGAUUUAAUAUUUGAUGAAUGCUGUUCCUUUUCAUUGUAACAGACAUUGAAAUUGUCUGUUAAUGAUGCAUGUGAAAAUGGCUAUGCAGUUGUUCAUGAUGAGAGGCUCUAAUCCUACUCCACCAAUUUUUCAUAAACAAAAUUGUAGAAGAGUGAACCGAUAUCGAUUCAACGUUUGCUGGCUACGCCCUAGUUUACUCGAAUGGUGGGGUAUCUUUCACAUUCUCAUUCUCUCCUUUUACCACCGGUUCAUCCCCUUUCUGGAUCUUCAAUUUCCAACAACACGUAACCCACUCACGAUAGUAUCUAUAUCCUGCGGUUGACCAAAAAAUUUCCCAUAAAAUCGUGAAAGUGUCCAAUGAAUUUUCUGGUAUAUUGUCGGGCAAGCCAGUUCUCUGCCUCUGUGGUCUACCCUUUUUUGGUGGUUCUAUUCGUACCACCAAAUGAGUAACCCCCAUUGGAAUUGGUUGCGAUUAACGAUCACCAGGGUGGCAAUUCAACAGAAUGGUUCCGAUGGACUCGAUGGGGCGGGGUGAUUGUGAUUGUUCACCAGCUUUUGGGGAAAGUAAAUGCGUGUGCAUGAAUUAAUUAGUGGCUCACCUAGAUUUUUCGUCACCGGAAAAAGUUCAAGUUAUCGAUGGAUCCCAUUCGCCGACAUCAUCAAACUACCCAGAUAUUCUCGGUAGGAAAAUGAGCAGUAAUUAUAUGACUGAGGAAUAUCCUUGAUAUAUUUUGACAUGAAUAAUUCGUUUGAUUUACAAAAAAUAUCUAGAGUAAGUUAUUCACUGUCAACGUUAACGGACAAAUAUUAUUUGCUCUCCUCUGAUAAAUUGGAGUAUUGAUUUGUCUCCCUGUCUAUUGAUAUUUUAAAUAUUGAACUUCUCCUGCUUUGCACUAUUCCACCAAGUUUCAGAGGACAGGAAUUUCAGACUGCUGUUUCCAACGAGUACCAAGAAACGCGAACAAAUUGGAGAGCAGAAGAAAACUCUCAAGAAACGGGGGAAUAGAGAGAUCGUUGCCGAGUGCAACUUUCAAAAAUUAUAUAUCCAGAGACUUUGGGAGUAUUGAUUCUCGUACUCUAUUGGGUCUUUUAAAGCUCGGUUACCAACGUGGUGAGUAUUCUUUAACAAAUUUCCGUGCUACCGUAAGGACCUCGAAAAGUCUCAUCGAAUUGAUGGAUUGUUCCCUCGGAAAGCUCAAUCAUCUUCGCCCAGCUGAAUGAACGUAUCACGUAUUCACGAACUGCAGCUUGAAUGGCUCGACAUUAUUGAUGGAUAAUUCAAGAUCGAGACACGUGAUCUCAGCGGUUCUGGUCCUUUCUGUUCCAUCAUUUUUACUGAAUUGACAUGGCUCUCGUAAACAUGUCGUAAGGAUGCAGUUGAAGAUUACUUAAAGAUGGAAUAGGCUGACAAAGGUGAACGCCAGGAGACGACAAAUUUAUGGCUCCGUUUCACAAGUCAUAUUCUCAGAUUUCACGGAAUCCUGUGCAUAGAGAACGAGAUACGUCUAUAUUUCAAAGUACCUCGGGAAUGGGUUAGGCAAUAAUACGAGGCAAAGACGAGCGUGAGACGACUUCAGGUGAAAAUGAGACUCUUGAUGUAGAUGGGCGGGGAGCAAAACGAAGGGAUUGUUGAAAACUUGAGAAUGGGAUUUAUGAGGUACGUGAGAACAUCAUCACAUUGGGUCCUGCUUUUUGAUUUUAUUCUCACGGGUGAUGAGGUGUACUGGAUGGAAGCGAUUUUCGGCCACGUAUCGACUGGCUGGAAAAUUGAUCCUGGCAAAUGGAAAAUUCAAUAUUUUAUAAUAAUUGUUGUAUUGAAAAUAUUGCAUUUAGGAUAAAAUUACUAUUGGAAAAUAAAAGCAGGAAAUAUUGGCAAAGUAUUACAACGCUCUAAAAUUUUGCUUUUCCAUCGAAAAAUUAGAGCGGAUUUUGUGAGUGGUAGAAGCUCCACUGUUUCGCCGAUGGUAAAAUCAUAUAAAUUCCCCCAUGAGUUUUAAUCCAUUUGUUUUCACUCAUUUAUUUUUUUGCACUCCAACACAAGUUGUGCCUU